AUGCAAAGCUCCGCCGUAUUUCCCCUCUCUCCGUUGAUCCCUCUCCUACAACAACGGCGGCUCUCUCUCCGCCACCAUCCUAUAACCGCCGCUUCUUCAAGCGAUCUAAACAUGUCUCCAAAUAAACCUACUCCAUAUGUACUCAGUGCCAUUGUACCAAUUGUUGGUGGAGUUGCACUUGCUUCAAUUUCGGAGGUCUCAUUCAACUGGGCUGGAUUUUCGAGUGCAAUGGCAUCAAACUUGACUAACCAAUCACCAAACAAUUACAUAUUCGAGUUUUAGUUUUGGAGUUUGAUUUACUUUUGUUGUGAAAUGUUGCAAACGUUUGGGUUACUUUUGU